CCGUUAUUACUAGUCAAAGUCGAAAAGACGUUGCUCAGGUUUUUGUCAAGGAAAGAGAAAAUUCAAGGAGCACUACUAUAAAAGAAGACUCAAGAAGAUUCCAUAAUAGCUUCGAUGAAACAUAAAAUGGCGAUCACGUUGCAAUUUGUUUUUUGCUUGGUCUUAAUCUAUGGGAAUGGUUCAAUGGGGAAACCUUUAACACCAGAGGAUGUAGAGGGUUUACUUCCACCAACCCCACACGAUAAGAACGAAACGAUAGCUGCAGUCGUUCAGGAUCCAGUUGUCCAGGAUGCUGUGCAUCAUACGGUUACCAAUAAAUCUCUAAAUGGAUUAGUUGUUAAAAAGCAUGUAUUCAUAAUGCCAGCCACCAAUCCCAAUCUGAUACUAUCGAAACGCGAACACCUUCUGGUGGUUCCCACUGAGAACUUGGAAGAUGUACGAAAAAAUAUUACUGAAGCGAAGGAAGCAGAAGCUCAAGAGUCUUCAUCGUCAGAGAACCAAGCAUUCUUUGAAGACGACGCACGUGAAUAUACGCCAGAGGGCAGCGACGACCGAUCAGAAGAAAACGAGAACGAAUCCUUCUCAGAACAGAACGUGAACCAACCGAUAUCAUCGAACGAGAAACGUAAAAGCAAAACCGAAUUCUUGGAAGACAAACUUAAUCAUGGAAUUGUGUUACCAGAAGACUCAUCUUCGCAUAAGGUGGCCGUUCCUAUUGUUGCGGUCAUUGAUCCCUCAAACGCUGAGAAGGGCAAAGUGAAGAGCCCUAUCGUGGCCAUUCUGCCUAAUGAAGUUAAAAAUGGCGAGUUGAAUAGCCAGGUUGAAUUCUUGAAGCAUAACAGCGAGAAGAUUCAGAAGAAAGCCCAAGACUUUGUCGAUCAGAGUUCAUUGUCGGUCAAUCCUAACUAUUGGGAAUCUUCCACACCGUCGGAGAUCACUGUUGCUUUAUCGCCUUAUAGCAGUGCACCAGUGUCCUACUUGGAUGAGGCAGCCCCAAGUUUGGCUACAAACGAAAAGUUGUUGUCUCCAGUAGUCGUGUCGCAAUGGGCAAUGCUGACACCAUCUCUGCAGGAUGAUCAAAUGGAUUAUUCACGAGAAACAGGUGACAUGGAUGUAGCUGAAGAUAUUAUAUUUAGACCUCUGUUUAGGUAUCGACAGGAAUCGCAGCAGCGGUCUAAAUACUAUGACGAAAACAAUCGACGAUACAGUUACACACCGUAUCGCGAUUAUGACAACUAUUAUCCAAGACGAUAUUUUUACAGACCUCGUAACGGCGGUUAUUAGAAACGAAGAGGAUUAAAACGAGAAAGAGAAAGAAGGAAAUACGAUUUAUGCUUGGAUAGAGGGGAAAGGAAGAUAUCUCGAUUGAUACGUUUCUUAUCACUUUAUAAUUCUAUAUUUCAAUGUAUAAAUAAAAUGUUGUUUUCAUUUA